CUCCGUCUCUUCUCCAUCCCAGCGCCAAAAUGUUUCCCACUCGCGCCCUCCUGGGCCGGUCCGUCUGGAAAGGCCCCAACAUCGUCCCUCUCCCCCUCCCCCGCAAACUCCCCCCUCCGCCGGGCACACCACCCAUCAAGACGCAGAAGCGCGCCGCCACCAUCCUGCCGAACUUCGUGGGCCUGAAGUUCUCGGUCCAUAAUGGGAAGAUUUAUCAGGAUGUCUUCAUUACCGAGGAGAUGGUUGGGAGGAAGUUGGGGGAGUUUGUUCCGACGAGAAAGCGCUUCACGUACAAGUUGUCGAAGAACAAAUAGAUGAUUCGCUUCGAUUCGUGUUGGAUUAUUCUGUCGGAUGGUCGGAUGGACGUUGGGCUUGGGGGGGCUUGGUGGGUUUGCUUGUCUGGGGAUUGGGAUACUGAUUUAAUGGGUUUUUUUCUAUCUAUCGAUCUACCUCUACCGACCUACAUACCUACCUGCUAUGGCAUGGUAGACAGGCAACCCUAGCCUAUCCUGCGGGGAGAUGUCGAUGAUGCAUAUAUACAUACAUACAUGCAUGGUUCGGUUCUGUUGCUGCUGCUGCUGCUGCUGCUGUUGUUGGUUUUCUUCUAGGGGCGUUUUCUAUUUCUCAUCAAUAUCUACAUACCUACAUACAUACCUACCUGCCUACAUUUCUC